UCUCCAACUCCGACAACAGCAAAACACAACACUGCGGCAGGUCCAGCCCUCAUCCAUAUCAACACCAACGCCCUAACCCUUAACCCGACUCACGCACAGAAGAACCACCCACCAUGUCAUCCGCGGAACCGCCCUCGGAGGGCCUCACGCCGGAGCAGCUGGCCGCCUUCCACCGCGACGGUUACCUCAUCAUCCCGGACGCCCUGAGCCCCGAGACCGUGUCGGCGCUGCUCGCCGAGACGCACCGGCUGCUCGGCACCCUUGACCUCUCCAACCACCCACUCACCCGCUUCCGCACCGGCGGCGAAACGGGCGAGGACCACGUCGGCGACGACUACUUCCUGACCUCGGGCGACAAGAUCCGCUUCUUCCUCGAGGAGGACGCCUUCGACCCGGUGUCGGGCGCGCUUACCAAGCCGCCGCACCGCGCCGUCAACAAGAUCGGCCAUGGGCUGCACAUGCUGUCGCCGCCCUUCGCCGCGCUCCUGCGGCCGCCGCAAACCCAUGACAAAACUGAAACCCCGGCGGUGGCCCCCGCCCCCGCGGCCGUGGCGCGCUCGCUCGGCUUCGCCGACCCGCGCGUGCUGCAGAGCAUGGUGAUCUGCAAGCAGCCCGAGAUCGGCGGGGCGGUGCCGGCGCACCAGGACUCGACCUUCCUGUACACGGACCCGCCGAGCGCGGUCGGGUUCUGGUACGCGCUCGAGGACGCGACGCACGAGAACGGCUGCCUGAGCUUCCUGCCCGGGUCGCACCGCUGGGCCGGGGUCGAGCGCCGCCUGGUGCGGAAGCCGGGAGCAGCUGAGGGGACCGAGAUGGUGCCGAAUGAAGCGGGGCAGUUGUUUCCUGUGCCCCGGGUGGAGGGGGAGGGGGUGUAUGGGGACCAACAUGAGGGUGUUGGGGGAGAGGAGAGGAGGAAUGGGGAGUAUGUCCUUGGCGAGGUGAAGGCGGGGACGCUGGUGCUGAUCCAUGGGAACUUGCUGCACAAGAGCGAGCGGAAUCUGAGCCAGAAGGGGAGGAUCAUCUACACGUUCCACAUCAUUGAGGGCGCCGAGGGUUGGAAGUAUGAUGAGCGCAACUGGCUGCAGCCGCCGCCGGAAGGGUUUACGAAGCUGUAUGGUUGACGGAGAGUGAGAAAGACAAUAAGAGCUUGCUGGCACUGGCCCAGGUAGCUGGCCACGGGAGAGGCUUAUCAACUACGCUGUCAUCAUCACGGGACAGGUCAUGGUAAACGAGGAGUCGCGGCAUUGUGCGUUGAGCUAGUUAUAAUGUACAACCAACCCCUGAAAAAAACUGCCCCUUUGAUGUUGUUUAUCUUCCAGUAUGAGACCUCAACCUCCCCAGAGCAACCGCCCUCUGCCUCUG